ACAUCCACGGACCAGCCGCCAUGUUGGAGCUCUGCAAACAAUCCGACCAGAACAGGAAGCCAGAAAACCUGCUGGCCCAAAGUUUCGUUUCAGCGCUGAAGUUUCAAUCCCGGGAAAAUGAAACUUAAGGUUCGCCUGACUGAAGCGACGUCGCUCUUCUUCUCUAUAAACUUGCUCUAUAACCUUCGCUCGUCAUCGCGUGACGUCAUCCCUACAAUAAACCUCCGUGCGAUCAUUCUGCAGCUGCGCCUCUUACAGACCGCCGGAGAAAAACCUCCAGAAGAGACACAAACCUCCAGAAGAGACACAAACCUCCAGAUCUACAGAGAAAACAGCUGGAAGAUGAGUUCUCCUCAGAGUUUGCAGUCCAGACUGAAGGCCUUGGAGAGCCACUUCACCUGGGAUCUGACCCCCAGCAGGGACAAACUGUCCCGUAUCAGGGAUAAGCUGGAGGACAUCGGCACUGAGGAGGGGAACUUCUGGCUGGGUCACGUCUACAACCUGCUGGGCUUCAUCCAGUACCAGCUGGGCUCCUCUGAAGACGCCCUGAACCUCUUCAACCGGGCCGCUGAGACCUUCCAGAGGCAGAAAAACGCUGAUGAAGGUCCCUGGUUGAUGGUGAACUUUGGGAAUCUGGCCUGGCUGCACCAUCACCUGGGAGAAGAUGAGAAGAGUGAAGACUACCUGUCAAAGGUCGACGGUCUGAUGAGGAAGAAGAAGGGAGAUCUCUACCCAGAGGUAUUAGCUGAAAAGGCCUGGACCCUGAUGAAGUUUGAUAAAGAGAAGGAGCAGCAGGCUUUAGAGCUCUUCCAGAGAGCCAUCCGGAUGCAGCCGGACACCGUGGAGUGGCGGAGCAGCCGUAUGAUCGGGCUGCUGAGCACCUUCAAGCACAGCUGGGUGGAACCAGAGCCUGACAUCUGGGAGGACCUAAGGGUAGCCAGAGAAGAAGAUCCAGAAAACUUGUACCUUGCUGCUGUGGACCUGAAACAACGAGCCAAGAGAGGCGAGCGAGUUAAAGAGGAAGCACAGGAGUUGUCCGAGAAGAUUUUACUGAACCCUGUCAGCAGCCACAGUGGCAUCAAACCGCUCCUGAGGAUCUACAGACAAAUUGAAUCCUACGACGAUGCGAUCGACGUGGCAGAAAGGGCCCUGACGAAGGAUCCAGAUUCCCGGUAUCUGAAGAGAUGUGCUGCUCUUGUCUACAAAUGGAAGAUCGUUUUUUCCAGAGAUGGUCGCCCAAGCCAAAGAACCUUUGACCGAGGAAUCGGCUUGUUGGAGGAUGUCAUCUCUUGCUACCCUUCUUGUUUACCAAAGAAGUUGGACUUUGCAAGUGUGUGGGCCAAGUCCGGUCGUGGGCUGAUGAAACCAGAUCAGAUCUACAAGGAGUUGCUGCAGAAAUCUUUGGAUCCUGCAGACCAACAGUGUGUUUACAACUACUACGCCAAGUACCUCCACUUCGACCGGCAGGAAAGGAACAGGUCGAUUGAGUAUCACAUGAAGGCUGCAGCCAUUAACCACGAGUCUUUCUCCCGGAUGAACAGCAUUCAGGCACUGGAAAAGAUCCGAGACCGCGGACGGUCCAGAAUGUGCCCAGAGAUCCAAGAGUUUCUGGAAAACCUGGAAGGUGUCCAGACUGUGUGAAAGCCAGACUUUCAAAGAUCAGAUCCAAUGAUCCUUCUGACCGUCGGAAUAAUAUUCUAGUUCUAACCCCUUAAUCCCUGAAUUUAUAUCUAAUUGUGCAUAAAUUUAAUUACUGGUGUUUUUGCUGUCAGAUGGAUGUGAAAUUACUUAGAUAACAAAUUUUAACUUUGCACCUAUCAGAGUAAAUUUAGGUACGAUGCUAAUUAGAUCUAUGAGGAACUUAAGGAAUGAAACAGAUUGAGCAUUAACAGAUUCAAUAAAAUCACAGGAAAACUGAACAAUCAAGAUUUUGAAAAAUCAAAAUAUGUUUCUGAACAACUGUUGCUUUUUCAUCAAUAAACUAUUUCAAAUACA